AUGGUUUAUAUGUGAAUACAGUAAAUGGUGUGCCAUAAAUUAUACCUCAAUUCCCACCCCACGCGUCGCCGAGGGAGCUUUCAUCUUCUCCCGGUUCAGUGUGUGAAGGGGAAUUGUAAAACAUCACAUGAAAACAACAAGCUAGUCUCACCCUAAAAAAAAGGAGGUCAAGCCAUGCAACCAAGUUGUUAAAUUGUUGGGUGAAAAAUUGCUCCCGAAGCAGGUGAGCUCGUACACUCCGAGACUCGUUUAGGGUGGUGGUUGUGCAGGUGGUGGUGAACGCUGCGGUGAUGAGCUUUCGCUAAGUGGUUUGGUGGUUUUUGAUACAACUCGUGCGCUAACUACCGCACCAUAUGGCGCCAGCGAAUGGAUCACCUGCUGCGCAGAGGGGAUAUGUUUGAUAGGAUACAGCGAUGGUGGAUGCCAUAAUGGGUGCAAAAAUGUUUAACAUUAUUAUUGGAAUAGCGGUGCUCGCCCAAUUAGUCGCGGGAGAUGAUUUAGGGUUACUAUCCAGCACGUUGCGUGCAUUUCGGACCGUUUGCUGCGACGACGAACUGCUGACGCUGUCCUGUCCAAUCGGCACCAGCAUCUCGGUGGAGCUGGUGCAGUAUGGCUCGAAAGAAAGCAACGACACGGUUCAGUGCUCGUACAGCGAAGCGGACGGUCUUCCCUACUCCUACGUCCCCGAGACGCCCCCGUUCGCUCCGGUCACGCUGGACUUUUCGACCGUCCCGUUAGCAAACGCAACCUUCGCGCCCACGACGGCCACCGUGGCGGUGCCCAGUAGCGAUCCGGUGGCGACCCUCAACGAAACAUUCACCGCGGUAGACCAGCCGAAGGACAAGUGCACUCCACUCUACGUACUGCAGUACUCGAUCCUGCAGACGGUCGUGGAGGCGUGUCAGAAGAAGCGUCGCUGCCGGAUCCUGGCGUCACCGAAGAACUUUGCCGCCGCACCCUGCGCGGGUAUUCAUCGGAUGGUGGAGGUCAAUCACAAAUGCCGUCCAUUCGAGUUCCGCAGUUUGAUCUCCUGCGAGAAGGACAUCGUUCGGCUGACAUGUGGUCAGUACACCCGCAUAGCGAUCUACAGCGCGUCCUACGGACGGACGGCAUACGAGAGCACACACUGCACCCAGACAGCGGCCUCCCAGGAACAGACUUGCCUCUCGGAGCACACCAGCCACACGCUGACGGAGAUCUGCCAGGGUCGGCGAAAGUGUACGGUUGCGGUGGAAAGUUCCACGUUCGGCAAUCCCUGUCCCGAGAACGCCAGGACCUAUCUGAAAGUUAUCUACGCCUGCGUAUCGAGGAACGUGUUCCGGGAGCGCUACAUCACCCCACUGGAGGAGGACGAGCUGGACGAGCGGCCGUACGAGUCCAACGAGCUGUACGACGAAGAGUUAACACCGGCGCCGAACCAGAUCGAGAGCACCGGCAAGGGGGGCGUCGGCACCAGCAACCACAACAAGUACUCGAGUGUCGGCGGCGGAGGUGACUCGGCGGUUAAGGCAGAAAAUAUAGUCACCUUCAGCAAAGGCGCUGGAACCGGUUCCGGACAGAGUGCGGAUGACCACUCAGCUGCACUUGGCGAUGGUCAGCUGUUGAUCGUGGCCGUCGCAGUACUGUUCUUCUGCUGCCUGUGCCUAUCGUUCGGGGCGCUUCUAGCAUACCGAAUGAAGCUGUUCCCGGGCGGUGGCAACCGGUGCAUCAAGGCUUCCGAGUCGUCCGACAGCCAGUCCACACCGUCGAGCUACCGGGCACCGAGCGAAGACUUCGAUCUGGUCGAGUGUAUGCCGGACACGGCUGCCAUGGCCGAGAAGCAUCCCGAGCAGACGCCAAUGCAAACGUUUGUGCAGCCAGUCUCGACACCCAUCCCGGUAACAUCCGUCCCGGCGACCACGCUGCUACCGGCAUUCAAGUUCGCCGAGCCACGCGGAAGCCUCUCGCAAAUCUCGACCACCAUGUUCAUCCUGCCCAACUAUCUUAUGGGCCCCGGACCGGUGUCCACGUUGCCAAACCGGCGCCCGAACGACACCCUGGCAGCGCUUCCACCGGGUGACAAUCUCACCAUCACGCUCACCACCGCCGACAUCAGUGGCCCGAACAGCAAGGUGGACCCGAGGCGGGAGUCGAUGGCGUUCUACUCGCAUCCGCAGCCCCCUCACCAGCAUCGCCAUCAUCCUCCUUACGGCCCGUCGGUGGCCUCCUGUGCGCAGUGUGCCAUCCUGGGAGGCUGGAAUCCUUCUUCCCCCAUCCAGGCCGGCAUCAACCCGCCCAACACCAACGCCGCUGGCACCAUCAGUAGUAGCAGCAGUCCACCGGUGUUCGGAGGAAAACUGCUGGCGCUGGAAAAUCCGGCCACCAGCGCCGGCCAGACGUCACAUCCGUAUCAUCGCAAUCAAUCAUUAAACUCGUCUACUGGCGAUGCAGACGAGCGCAUGGACGGGGCAGGACCCUGCUCGGAGGAACCAAACGGAGGUGGACGAGGAACGGGGCGCGCACUGACACAGCAGCAUUCUUUUUUAUGGCUGGGCUUGAAAGUCGGGCUGAUGUAAAGCUGUAGGGUAAAGCUGUCAAGAUCAACCUGCGCGAUUGUUGUUUAUCGUGCAGCAUUUUAAACCUCAUUGGUGUGCUCCCGAAGCGCUGCGGCCUCAGAGGGGCCCGCAUGUUCGUUUGCACGUUUAUUUAUUUUUCCCUAUCCUCCGCAAACACCCCUCACCACACCUACUUCUUCCGGUUUCCCUGUCCUUCAAUGUAAUCUUCGACACUCUGUACAUACUUGGCGGCCUGCAGAACCGGCAGGACGACACCCGGAGUCCUCACCCAGACACACCAGCUUGACAGCUUUACCCGACACCGACCGUGACAACCGUUAUCGGCAAUUGGUGCCGAAAAUGAAACGUUACGAGACCGGGGAUCGAAAGUUUCGAUCGCCGACUGAACAGACGGAAGUGAAUAUAGUCACCGAAACGGAUGUGAAUUUUACCAGGGCUCGUACCGAAUGGCCUCAGCGGAGGCGUUUUUCGGCGUAGAAUUUGAUGCGAGAAUUUACAACCGAGUACACGGCAAAUCGGUGUACAAUAGUGCCAGUGCCGACAACCGGUGCUCUAUUAUAUAGAGCAAAAUCGAUGAUUCACGGUGUCGCAUGAGAAAGUCCAACAUCGGAAAGCGUAUUCCGACUUGCUUCCGCCCGGCGUGUGCUGAUUCGUUAGUGAAUCUCGCGGUUGGAACACACCGUGGUGUACAGACGCAGUGAGGUCGUUACAGCCCUGGAAAACGAAAGUAAUCUAUAAGUUUUAGGAACAAUUUGUACAUUACGCAAAACGCGCUGCAGUGAAAAUGAUGAAGUUGAUGUCGU